AUGGAUUCUUUGGAUGUGACAUCGCCGGCAAAUGCCUCACCGCCGGAUUUUGAUUUUAAUCUGCCGUGCCGGUUCUUUAAGAGCUCAUUUGCUCGAUCACUUUCACUCAACAACAGUAGCAGCAACAAUCAUUGCAAAUCUUUGGAUUAUGACAUGCGUUCUAGCAACAACAACAACAAAAGCAGUAAUACCAAUAAUAACGACAAUAAUAAUGGAAAUAGUAGCAGCGGUAUUCCACCUCCAAUACCGCAAAAGCGUUUUACAACGCAAGACAGUUCUUCUUCAAACCAAAACAACCAGAAUGAGGCCACCAUCAACAACAACAGCAACAAACCGGUUGGUAUUAAUACAACCAACGAUACAACCAACAAGAAAGCCACCGCCAAUGAUAAGCCUCCGGCUUUGCCAGCAAGACGACCACCAUUUUCCAGCAAUGGAGCUGGAUCACUUCAGCAACAGCAGCAGCAAAAUAUGCAAGCUUCAUUGACACAAUUACGCCAACAGGCCUUCAAUCAGGCUUUGAACCAUUCUAAUGCGCCAGUGUUGCCAGUAAAUGUAAAUGCCUCCGCAUCUAAGGCUGGCUUGCGAGCCAAUCAUCAUCAGCAACAACAACAACAACAACAGCAGUUGCAAUUUAAUCAAAAUCUUAUCAAUCACUUUUCCGGCAACUCGAAUGGCCACAACGACAGCAUUUGCAGCAGUGCCAGUAGCAGCAGCAGCGGCAGUAACAACAGCAACUUUAGAAGGAAUAUCAUCGUCUGGCCGAAUAACCAACAACAACAACAACGGAAUGUGGAACAGGUUAGUCAUGCUUUUACUUAA